AUGCCUUCAGCAUCGAAACAAGUAACUCCCACAUAUGCUAGCAACACUGACAUCAAUAUGCAACAUUCUGAGGUUAUACCAGAUACUCAAAUGGGAUCUACUGCUAUUGAAGUAAGUUCCAAAGGCAAAACUGUUGCUGUUGAUCAAAGAAUGAAAAACACUUCUCAGAAAAGUUUAUCAAACACUUUUCAAAUGGGACCCUUUGUCAACAGAUCCAUUACCCUGAUGAUUUUUGAUGUUGGACCUGUUCAAAAACACCCAACUCAGAUGGAAAAUGGCUUUCCAAUUAUCUUAAAAAAAGUUACAACUCAAAAUGUUACUGUUGCUGCCUCAAUUACUGAACAAACCUCUACUGAGCCUGAUUAUGCUCAACUGUGCACCCCAAUUACCAAUUUGGGUGAAUUACCAGACAUAGAUCUCUCCACUUUCUCCCUCAAUACCCAACCUAUCUUAUACUCCUUUGGUAGCUACAACGUUACUGCUGAUAGCUCCCUAGGUAGCAAUGAUGUCCGCAACAAUUCCCCUCUCAAUGCUUCCGGUUCUAGUCUGAAUUCCUCCCAAAGUUCUUCUCAAAAUGGUGAUGGUUCCAAUGCUUCUCUUGGUGGUGGAUCCGGCUCUAGUACUCAGCAUGGAACCUUAGAGGAUUUGGAAAAAAAUUUGCAAAACAAAGAACUUAGUAUGCUUUGUAGGAAUGUUAAUCCUGAUAUAAAUUUCAUUUCUGAGACUAAAAUGGGGAAAGAUAUGGCAGCCAGAAAACUUAAAAACAUGGGCUUCCCCUGCACUUGCAAUGUUCCUAGUGUUGGUAGGAGUGGUGGUCUGUACCCUCAGACCCUCCUUCUGGGAACAACAGUGUCAACAAACUACUCCCCCAUAGAUGAGUCUGUCUUUGUCAUUGGAUCUCCAGCCUAUAAACUAAAAUCUAAGCUUCUUAGCGCUAAAAAAGGUCUUAGAGAUUGGAACAAAUCCUCUUUUGGUAAUAUUCAAACUGAUAUAUCUACCAUUAGAAAAGAUUUUUUAGAGCUACAAAUUUCUGAUCCUACUGAUUCUAUUAUUACUGCUAGACUUAAAACUAUAUUAGAGUACCUUUAUACCUUGGAGGAACUCUACUGGAAAGAUACGUCUAGAGAAGUAUGGCUCAUUGAAGGUGACAGAAACACACCUUAUUUUCAUAGAGUCACUCUUUUCAGGAGAAAGAGGAAUGCUAUCAGCUGGAUCAAGGAUUCCUCUAAUGCUAUCCUAACUCAUAGAGAUAGUAUUUGGAAUUCUUUCUUAGAUUAUUUCAAAAAUCUUUACUCUUCCCAACCCCAACAAUUCCAGGAUGAAAUUUUAAAUGAUCUGCCUGUUAAAUUUUCUGCUGAGGAUAAUGAUACUCUAAAUCUACUCCCCGCUGUCGGGGAAAUAAAAAAUGUUGUUUUUCAAAUGGGAGGUAAGAAAACCCCAGGACCAGAUUGUUUUACAGGCUUAUUUUACCAAAAUCAUUGGGAUAUUUUGGGUGAAGCUGUUGUUGAUAUGACCCAAACCUGCUUCAGAACAGGGCAUAUAGCUAAAGUCUUCAAUCAUACCAACAUAGCUCUUAUUCCCAAAGUUCCUCUAGCUGAAUUAGUCAGUCAAUACAAACCCCUAGGAUUAUGUAAUUUCAUUUACAAAAUUCUUUCCAAAACUCUUGCUAACAGACUUAAACCCUUUAUGAAUAACAUCAUAUCACAAAACCAAAGUGCCUUCAUACCUAAAAGGAGUAUUUCUGAUAAUAUUCUCCUUGCUAAUGAAGCCAUAUAUUCUGUAAAUCAUAAUGACAAAGUUGAGGGCACUGCUUCCAUUAAACUUGAUAUGUCAAAAGCUUAUGAUAAAUUGGAAUGGUCCUUUCUAGAAAAAGUUUUGAGAAAAAUGGAUCUAGCUGAAAAUUGGAUUAAACUCAUAAAUCAGUGUGUUUCUACUAUCUCCUAUUCUGUUCUUUUAAAUGGUAGUCCUACUGGUUUCUUUCAACCUGAGAGAGGUCUAAGGCAAGGGGAUCCAUUAUCCCCUUACAUAUACAUCAUCUGUGUUGAGGAUCUAUCUUCUUACAUAGAUAGUCUCCAAAGAAAUGAAACUCUUAAGGGUAUCAAAAUUUGUAAAAAUGCUCCAGAAAUGACUCAUCUACUGUUUGCUGAUGAUUCUCUUCUUUUCUCUUCUGCUACUACUGAAAAUUUUACUGUUAUAAAAGGUUGUCUUCAAAAGUACUGCCUUGCCUCUAGGCAGGAAAUUAAUUUUGAUAAAUCUGAUAUUCUUUUUAGUAGGAAAAUCCCUGAACAUAGGAAAGCCCUUUUGGCUAAUAUUCUAGAUAUCCAAAGCAGAGAUUUGGGUGAGAAGUACCUUGUUACUCCUACUAUUUUAAAAGCUUCUAGAAUCCAAACCUAUAUGGGCAUCCUUCAGGCUAUGGAUGCUAGAAUAACUGUUUGGCUUCACAAGCUCCUCUCUCAGGCUGCUAGAACCACUUUGGUGAAACAUAUUGGCCAAGCUAUCCCCUUAAAAGCUGAGCUGAAUAAUCUUGCCAUGUUAGCUAGGAAUGCUUGGAAAAUUAUUGAAAACCCUGAUUGCAUGUUGGCUAAGAUUUUAAAAGUUAGAUAUUUCCCUAGGACUGAUUUUCUGAAUGCCAAUUGUCCUGAUAAAUUCUCUUGGACCUGGAAAUGCCUUCAUGCUAUAAAGGAGUUAAUUAAACCCUUUUUUUCUUGGAUUGUUGGGGACGGAAAGUUUAUCGGCCCCUGGUGUGAUAAAUGGAUUCCAAAUUUGGGUUCUGGUACUCCCAACCCUCCCACCCCUCAGGACCCUAGCAUAAAAGUUGAUUACUUCAUUGAUAACCAUACUAUAACAUUGAAUGUUUCUAGACUCUUUACCCACUUUGAUGAUGCUUCUGCUAAGAAUAUCGUCACUAUUCCCUUAAGCCAGCAUUGCACUCCUAACAGGAGGGAUUGGGACCUUUCGAAGAAUGGUAAAUUUUCUUUAAAAUCCGCUUACUUGGGCCUCAGAGGAAUUAAUGCCUCUCCAUGUAAGAAUCUUUGGUUACAUAUCUGGAAGACUAGAGUUCCUCACAGAAUUCAACUCUUCCUUUGGGAAGCUGCUAAAACUGCUCUUCCAGCUAGAACUGUCAUUCAUACCAGAAUGCCCAUGCAUUCUGUUGAAUGUCCAGAUGCAAGGAUCCUCAUGAAAACAUUAUGCAUACUUUGUUUAUGUGUACUUUUGCUUCUAAGAUUGCCUGAUGAUGCUCAACAGCUCUUUGUUGCUAUCCUGUGGUUCCUUUGGACCAGUAGAAAUAACUUGGUCUUUCGAAAUGUGUCUGAAAAUCAUAAGUAUGUCAUAGAAAGAGCUAGGGAAAUGCUCCUUACUAGGAAAAAUACUUCUGUUGCUACCCUUUCAUAUCCCAUAGCUCUAAAUCACAAAUGGAUGCCUCCUUUGGUUGGUUGGAUCAAAUGUAACACUGAUGGAGAUUUUGAUAACAUCUAUGGAGAUAAUGGUGUAGGAUAUGUGAUGAGAAAUUCUACUAGCAAAGCCUCUUUCUGUGCUGCCGUGGUUUUUGAAGUUUCGUCUGCAGAAGAAGCUGAAGCCAGAGCCAUCUGGGGAGUGCUCAAGAAAGCAGUGGAACAGAAGAUGACCCAUAUCAUCAUUCAAAGUGAUGCUAAGAAGCUGGUGGAACAAUUCUCUUUGGGCUCUUUUGAUGGUGAUUCUAGGACAAAUGCCAUAUUGAAAGACAUUCAGUUAUUUGCCUCUAAUUUAAUAGCUUGUAUCUUUAGUUUUCAACCUAGAAUCUGUAAUACCGUUGAUCAUGAGUUAGCUCAAUGGGCUAAACGUAAGAAAACUUCUAUGUACUGGUCUAUGCUUCCUGCUUGGCUAGAUCCAGCAGUUGAGGGAGACUAUUAG